ACAAAUAUUGGUCUCCACUGUGGGGCUCUAUGGGUGUAGGGUUAGUUGGUUGGGACAUUUUCUUUCCUUUCCCCCAUUUUUUUUUUGUAUCACGUGUAAUGGACUCACACUCCAGUCCAAUUGGUGGCGGUAAUGCACCUUUUUGGUUGCCAACCGCCAUUUAAAAACCAGAUAAGUAUUGACGUAAACAUGACCAAGAACAAUUUUCUUGUUAGGGUUUUUAUUUAGACACUAUGGAACUCAAAAUAUUACGAAUUUAACUGCUCAGCAUCACAUACUUAUGCCUCUUUAAAUCGCGUUGGAGACAGGACUUGGUUGAUAUAUGUUAUCUAUGUAACUCUAGCUUGCUAGUUGUUAGCAAACAAUGGCCAUGGUUUUUCACACUCAAAUAGCCUCCAUUAUGGAGGUGCUAGCGAAUGCAGCCGUGGCAGAGGUCUGUAAACUCGUAGACGACGACUAUGCAGUGUUUCGUUUGGAAAUAACUCAUAGCCAGAAAGAAAACAGGGUUUUGCGGAGGAAACUACAGCUACUGGAGCUGAAGGUGUCACGGGAGCGCGCAGAGAGGACAACGCGAGAGCGCGCACACUCCAGUCGUCCCAGUAGUGUCAAGAUUCUUGACCGAUACAGAGGAAUGGAAAGAGGACAUCUCACUGGAGGCCACAGGAGCUUUGUGAAGCCAGCGGGACGUAAUACAUGGAGAGAUGACCAACCAAUCACUGUUGAUGAGGGGAGUGGAACCUCAACCCAGCACUUUAUUGUGAUAGAGGAUGCAGAUACAGAGGCUGCAAGUCCUGGAGGAUCGUCGCUGGUCAAGCAGGAGAGGACUGAAGAAGAGGACCCACGACACAGCAUCACAGAGGAGGAGGAGGGUCCAAAGGGGCUGCUAGUGAAGGAGGAGGGGUGUGAGGAGGGUCUGGGGAACACUGAGGGGACCAUGGUCAUAGAUGACAACCAGACUACACCUCUUCCUGAACCCGCAGAGGAACAAGCUGAGCAGCACAGGACCACACACAGUCUCACUGAGUCAGUAGACAUGGAGGAUGGGAAGUCUGAUCUGCUGCUGGUCAAAGAGGAGACGAUAGAGGACGGACCAGAGAGCAUUGACCUGCCGAGUGGACUAAAGAUGGGGGAGCAAGGUGGGUGGCUGGAGGCUAACAGAGGAGAUUGGGCGGCCAUCUUGGAUUCCCAGACCCAGACAGGUACAGUCAAUGGCCCGGGGGACGACAUCACUGAGCAGGCCAGGACCAGAGGCGACAUAGUGGAGGUCAGUGGAUGGGACAGCGUCUUCAACUCUGGGCUGGGGAACAACAAUGUUAACCAGAAACAGACUGUCGAACACAAAACAACAGCUGAAUUUAGUCUCCAUGACAACAGACUGGCUGAGACCAGGACGAGGCGUAGAUUUUGUCUGCGUGGACGGGGAGGUUUCGGUAUGCGGCUGGAGAGAGAAGAGACUGACUCGGCUAGCGAUGCUCCGUCCUGCUCCUAUAGUUGUGAGUCAGAGAGACUGAUGGCACCUCAGGUUAAUAACCCCUUAACAGGUGCUGCCUUCAGCCUGCCUUCUAUAGGCUCUAUCAACUGGAACAUGGACCCUGCGACAACACAGACACUCCCUGGCCUUCAUCCUCCUCACACUCUCCUUAUGUUAAAUCAGACCUCAGACAAUGCCAGUUCCUCAACACUAAAUGGCUACACAAGCCCAUUGACAAAUGACAGUAGUACAGAUGGAAUCAGUAAAGGUGGCGGCGCCAAAGAGAAGCGCUUCCCUUGUUCGUUCUGUGGGAAAGCCUUCCGUUUGCCCAAACAGGUGGAGAUCCACCAGAGGAUGCACACAGGGGAGAAACCAUUCGGCUGCCACCUGUGCCGGGCCAGUUUUUCAGACUCGUCCAACUUGAAGAGGCACCAGAGGGUCCACACAGGGGAGAAACCCUACAGCUGUCCCCAGUGUGAGAAGAGGUUCUCCCGCCAGCACCAUAUGAAGAUGCACCUGAAAGUCCACACGGGAGAGAGACCAUUCGCCUGUACACACUGUGGGAAGAGGUUCUCAGAGAGGAGUUAUCUCAGGAUACACCAGCAGAAAAUGCACACAGCCCAUGUAUAGUGAUAUGUAAUGUAGUAUUAGUUAGUUUGUAGUUAAUUCUGUUGGUUUUUGAUGUAGUAGGGAACUGGAUGAGAACUGAAGAAAGAAUGAGUAUGAUGAGACAGAGAAGAUCAGGGGUUAUCAACAGGAUUUGGGGGAUUUUUUGUUUUUUUAGUUGUGGUCAUUUUGCAGUGUACAAAUUCUAAUUAUUCCCCCCCCCCAACCAUUCACUCCGACAAAGAUUCAGCCCGUGGCUGAAUCUAGUUGCUUACCCCUGGAGUAGAUGAUAUGGUGAUGGUUGGUGUCUGCUAAAAUGCUUCACUGAUGAAUGGGACAACCUUGUCCGGUUGUUUUGAUGCUGGUGUUUUAUAAUGAGAAAAUUAUAAUGCCUUAAUUCAUGUUUACUUAUACUAAUCAUGAGAAUGGGGUGAAACUCCUGGACAUCAGUUGUGAUAGUCCAUUCCAUAAUGUCCAUUUUACUUUGACCUGUCCUGUUUUUAGGAUAUGUAUCUUUGUUAACAUGACAGCUCAUUUUUUAUUUUAAUUGAGCGCCAUUUAGGUUAGGCUAUUUGAUCGGAGAAACCUGCAUGAUGUAAAAAGUGUCCGUCUCAUUACAUUGUCAUACAUUUUAUCACCAUUCUGUAAACUACAGAAAAGGCAACGUACUCUUUCUACAAUAUCCUAUAUCUGCUACAUGAUUUGUUAGUUCAUUUUUUGGACUGAACGUUGGUUGAGCGCUGCAGAGAUGCAUCUUUCCAACAUCACCCUGGAGAGGCACGCUGGGAAUGAACAAGCAACAUAUUUUGCGCCCCUGCCUUUGACAUAGUGGGCACUGCUUAUCAAAGUGUGGCAUCACCGCUCACCUAAAAGCCCAUAUACCACUGGUUGAUAGAAAUUGUCAUUGUUUUGGGGCAGAAUUAUGAGGUUUUAUGUGUUGGUAUUGGAGGUGCGUCUUGGUCAGUUUAGCUCAGAAAAUGCCGCCUUCGUCAAUCUGCCGCCAUGGGCGGCCCCCUAAUCCUGCCUAAUGAGUGGGCAGGCCAUGCCUAUAGCAUAUCAUAAUUGCAUCAAUGAAUUAUAUAUCAAUGGUUAUAACAAACUCUGAACACCGUAACACCAAAAUGGAUGCAGAGGACAUGACAAAUAAACUCAAAAGGGGGGAAUAUUUACAGGUUGCUCAGGAGGUAAAGGGAAAGUGGAAUAAAUGUGACUAGUUAUGGAAAAUACUGGAGAUCAAAAAGGAGGUAAGGAGGCAGCACUGCGUGUAUAUUAUGUGUAAUAAAGUAUAUGCAUACCAGAGAGUAUGUUGUAAUGUU